AUGGCUUCGGACGAUGGAAUUGGUCCUCGAAAGAGGCGCAAGACUAGUCCUGCAGGGACUGUGCCCUAUGUGCUACGUCCCCUCUUCGCAGACGUACCUAUAGCGACCGAGCAUAGCUCCGACGUCUACAUCACCUGUGUUGAAUACUGGAAUGAGAACUUAUAUAUCGGAACAUCUGCAGCCGAGAUUCUACACUUCGUAUGCCUCCCGCCAGCUUCCCCGGACGAAUCCGCCGAGCCUACCUUUAUACUGGCAUCUCGAUUACCUAUUCUCUUCGCCCAGAAACCUCCAGCAGGCAGUGAUCAAGAAGGUGUUCGGCAAAUAGUCAUUCUGUCUUCGGUAAACAAGGCAUGUGUCCUUUGCAAUGGAACUGUGACGUUCUACAUGCUACCGGAGCUCAGCCCGGCCUUCGGAACUACCAAAGUGAAUCACUGCCGCUGGAUCGGUGGUUUGGAUCUCAACAGGGAUGCGGAUUCAGAAGAUGAUCCGACUGUGAUGAUUGCCGUGCAGAACAGAAUCAUGCUGGUUCAGAUCGGGGAUGAGGCGCGACGAAUCAAGAAGAUCGAGUUCCCCGGUUGCUUAACUGCGGCACGACGAGGGACAAUUGCAUGUGCCGCGGAUACCCAAUCAUACUCAUUACUUGAGGUGGCACACCAGCAGAAGAUCCCGCUCUUCCCAAUAUCCUCCUCAAACGAGGUCUUUGAGUCUGGUCAUGUGGAAGACAUGAACCCAGCACCCCCCACCCCACUCAAACGUUCGCCCUCUGCCUCUUACCCUAAUUCCCCACCAAGUGAUACCCCGGGGCAUAGUAGGAGCACAAGCCUGAAUAACUUUGUGGGAAUGCUAUCACCACAUGCGCACGCAGCUCAGCUGGAUAGAUCGCCCUCGGGAACCCCAGAUCCCUUCACAUCGACUGGAGAGCCAAGAAGAUCGAGUUCUGAGGAGCGAGAUGGAAAGAGUUCGCCGAACAUUCCAGAGAUCCACGAACCAGACAAUGAAUCUCCCCCCAACGACAGCCUGAAGCCACUGCCACCCCUGCCACCAGCAACUAAUCCAGGAUCAAAACUACUCCAGCCUCAUGUGGUGUCUCCGACACCAUCAGAGUUCCUCCUAGUGACUGGAACCGAGGAGACAGAACCCGGUGUUGGAAUGUUCGUCGACAUGGACGGCGAAGUUGUCCGUGGUACUAUCAACUUUCACCGAUUCCCGAAGUCGGUUGUGAUUGAUACGAACAAAGAUGAUCAGAUAUACGCGCCGAGUGGAGAUUCGAAGGAGGAGUUUAUUAUUGCCAUUAUCGAAGACGAAGAGGAUGGAAAGCCUCGGACACGACUUGAGAUACAACGUUGGGAUGACGACCCAGGGGAAAUUGAGCGCAAUAAAAAGUGGCUAGAGAUACCCUCUCCCGGAGAAGAACAGCCAACCCAAGUCGGUCUCCGCCAUACACUCAGUGCCAGCCAUCUCGAGCUCAAUGAUCUUGGGCAGCUUUUGCGAAUGGUUCGCCUCAAAACACCAUCACUGCCCCCACAUGUGGCGACAGCAGACUCUAGGACACAGGCGUCUAUCGAACAUCUUCAAAAAGAGAAAGAACUGUUCGAAUCACCAGACGUGACGGACUCGGAGGGAUCAAAAAAGAGCGAUGUCCAAAACUGGGAGGCUCAACGCGAUGCAGAAGAAACAAAUUUCGCACACGGACUGGGCAAGAUUCAAAGCAGUCUUGUCAUGUGGUCAGGAUCCCAGAUAUGGCGUCUAGUACAGAACCCCUUGGUUAUUCAGCUCGAGGACACCCUACAGCAGGCCCAGGAAACAAAUGACGGCGAGCAUACUGUGCUGCGUAGAGAUGUUGUCCUUGAUUUGCUGCUUUCGAUCCAAGAUACGGAGCCAAAGACCGAGUCGGAGUUCAUAGGGUUAAGCUACAUCAAACAAAAGGCGAGCCUUAUUCUGUACGGGGACAUUCUCUCCAUGCAACCGAAUGACCGCAGUAGCACAGCGGUCGAUGACACUGAGAAAGCACUAGUGGCAGGCAACCUUGAUCCCCGUUUGGCUUUGCUGUUUAUUCCUCUGCUGCGGUGUGAAGUUUUGCAGGGCCCCCAAGGUGUAUGGAUACACGCCGGGUUAGCCACUGUCGCGGAAAAGUAUCUUCGACAAGUCGACAACAUAGGCAUUGAAUACUCUGGGUGGGAUGCCUCUCGCAGUCCCAUCUUAAACAUGGUGAAGCGAUUCCUUCUUUCCUGGCAGCAAAAAAGAGGAUACGGUAGCAUCACCGAUGAGACAUGUGUUUUGGAUAGCACCGAUGCCGCUCUGUUGCAUCUGACCCUGGAACAAGAUGCAUACCUAACGCCGGAUCAGCGUGCAGCGUCACCAACUCGUUCCGAGCUGAACAAACUGGUCGAUAACUGGAAGGGUAAUUUUGAUCGAGCAGUGAUGCUACUGGAGACAUACAAGCGGCUUUAUGUUCUAUCACGUCUGUACCAGAGCCAAAAGAUGUCACGGAACGUUCUCAAGACCUGGCGAAGAAUUGUGGACGGGGAGACUGACGCCGGUGGUGAGGUUUCUGCAGAUGGCGUGGAGACGCAGAUGCGUAGGUACUUGGUCAAGAUCAAGGAUGUGCAGCUGGUCGAAGAAUACGGUUCUUGGCUGGCUGGGCGAAACCCUGAUCUGGGCAUACAGGUAUUUGCGGAUAAUGCGAGUCGAGUUAGGCUGGAACCCGCACAUGUUGUUGCCUUGCUGAAGGAGCGAGCUCCCAAUGCCGUCCAGGUUUAUCUGGAGCAUCUCGUCUUUGCCAAAAAUUACACCCAAUAUGCCGACGACUUGAUCUCGUACUAUCUAGACACCGUUCUCUCUGUGCUGGAGUCAUCACCCGACGCACGCGCUUCCUUAGCCGACUCCUAUUCGACCUAUCGAGCCCUGCGUGCCCCCAAACCUACAUACCUCAAUUUUAUCACCGAAAACACCCCCUCCGAGCCGUGGUGGCAAUCCCGACUCCGUCUCCUGCAGCUACUAGGCGGGAUCUCCAGCUCCCGAUUCUCCUCCCAACCCCUCCCAACAGGAAUCAUUUACUCGAUCCCGAACGUUCUGACCCGUAUCGAGCCCUUCCAAAACGAACUCGUCUCCGAAUGCAUCAUUCUCGACGGGCUACAAGGCCACCACGGCCCAGCCCUCCACCUUUUAACACACGGCCUAGGCGACUACGACUCCGCAAUUCGUUACUGUCUCUUCGGCGGCCCACGCAGCUCUCCCUCUUCAACAGGCACACCACCAGAGCUGGCAGACUACACCCUACAAAAAACUCUCUUCCGCCACCUUCUCGAAGAAUUUCUGCAUAUCCAAGACUUAUCCGAUCGCAUUGAGCGCACGAGCGAUCUCCUGGCCCGCUUCGCAGCCUGGUUCGAUGUCCGCGAAGUCCUCGACCUAGUACCGGAAGAUUGGAGUGUUGAUAUUCUCGGAGGCUUCUUCGUGCACGUCUUUCGCACACUAGUCUCGCAGACUCGCGAGACGCGCAUUGAACGUGCGCUUAGCGCCGGUUUAAAUCUGCGCAUCGGUACUGAGUAUAUCGAUGGCAUGGAGAAGGCUGGGCCUUGGGUGGAGGAAGCCGAUGGGGUGAGGCGAUUGAAAGAUACCCAAACUCGGGAAUCCCGACAGGUUGAUGGCGCUGAGGACUCUGACUCUGAGUUUGGAGAUACAGUGGGGCCUACGUUUGGGGAAGUGGGCCGGGUAGAUCACUGA